GCCGUCGGGGCAAGCUGGGGCGGCUGGGCUGCUCCGGGGGCCCCCUGUGGAGUCGAUGUUGGCGGGCGCGGCGGGCGCCCCGGGGCCGUGUCCCCUGAGUGAGGACAGCUUCACGCGCUUCUCGUCUCAGAGCAACGUGUACGGACUGGCGCGCGGCGCCCAAGGCCGCGGGGAGCUGCUGGCUGCCACUCUUAAAGGGAAGGUUCUGGGCUUCCGCUACCAGGACCUCCGACAGAAAAUCCGUCCUGUGGCCAAGGAGCUGCAGUUCAACUACAUCCCGGUGGAUGCUGAGAUUGUGUCCAUCGACACGUUCAACAAGUCGGCCCCCAAGCGGGGCUUGGUGGUGGGAAUCACGUUCAUCAAGGACUCCGGGGACAAAGCCAGCCCCUUUCUCAACAUUUACUGUGAUUAUGAGCCUGGAUCAGAAUACAAUCUGGACUCCAUUGCCCAGAGCUGCCUGAACCUGGAGCUGCAGUUUACCCCUUUCCAGCUGGGCCAUGCCGAGGUCCAGGUUGGGGAUCAACUGGAGACAGUGUUUCUGCUCAGUGGGAACAACCCUGCCAUUCAUCUUUAUAAGGAGAAUGAGGGUCUGCAUCAGUUUGAGGAGCAGCCGGUAGAGAAUCUCUUUCCUGAGCUCACAGACCUGAGCAGCAGCGUUCUGUGGCUCCACGUGUCCAACAUCCCAGGCUCGGGCCGGCGGCUCACCGCCUUUGGCUGCCAGAGUGGAUAUGUCCGGGUUGCCCAUGUUGACCAGACCAGCAGAACUGUGCUGCAGACAUGGACAGUCCAACAGGAUGGACCCAUCUCCCGAGUUGUGGUCUUCAGCCUCUCUCCCCCUGCAGCAGACCCCUCAGCCCCCAGGGAGGGGGGAAAUGAGGCCAAGGGGCUGCCCCCACCCCCAGAGGAGUACAGCAUCUUGGUGGCCAGUAUGAUGGAGCCAGCAGUGGUGUAUCGGAAUGUCUUGUCCCAUGGGCUUCGGGACCAAGUGCUGCUGCCAGGGAGUGACCAGUUUGACAGUGUCCUGUGUGGGCUCGUCACUGACGUGGACCUGGAUGGGAAGCCUGAGAUUCUGCUGGGCACCUACGGCCAGGAGCUGCUGUGUUACAAGUCCUGUGAGGCUGGGGGCCUGACUUUAGGCCUCCCCAAGACUGAGGCUGAUGGCGGCUUCCGCCUCCUGUGGCAUCGAAGUUUUGCCAGCCCUCUGCUGGCCAUGGAACAUGUGGAUCUGACUGGGGAUGGCCUUCGGGAGCUCGCCGUGGUCUCCCUGAAGGGUCUGCACAUCCUACAGCACAGUCUGACCCAGGCAUCCCGACUGGUCCUGACCCGGCUUCAGCAGAGGGCUCAGCAGCAGAGACGCCAACCACAGGCCGAGGGAGAUGGGCCCGGGACAGCCCAACGCUUGGUGCCUUGAGCCCCCUCGUCAAUUCUCGUUGGCCCAUCUGUCCUCGGCUCAGGGAGUCAGGACAGCAGGGAGGGCCGUGCCCAGGGACCCCUGCAUUAGUUGGGGGUGGGGGGUGGGAAAUUUUGGAUGAGGUCAGAUGACUGGGAAUAAACCUGAGAAGAGGCUCUUCCUCCCA